AUAUCAGAAUGUCGCCAGCACGCUACGUUCUCGCGAUCUAAUUUUCAAUUGCAAAUAAUUUAUUGUUUCAAAUUGUUUUCACAUUAAACACAAACGAGAAGACAACUGUUGCAGUUUAGCACGUAUUGCACACUGUAAGGACAGUGUGCGUGAAACAUAGACAACAUAUUGCCCAACAAUCGAGCAACUGUGGCGGACAGCGGAACUAUUUGGAGUCUAGAGCAGGCGUUGUCAAUCAAUGGCUUCGAUUGGAAUGCGGCCCUUAUGACAAUUGAAUCUGGCUCUGGCUCUGGCGCUGGCCCUCAUUUACCCAUAGGCGAGCCAAACUCAUCAUUUGAAGCUAAUACGCUAACGCACGAAUCAUACCAGUUUCCAGCUGAUGCGCUGCAUCAGCAGCAGCCGAACGAUUUUCCCAUUUAUUAUCAGCCAGCAGGCACGGAACAACAACUGGAACAACAGAACGUUCCCUUCAUAGCGACAACAGCAGAGGAAGUACCAGCCGAGCAGGCAGCGUCAGUGGAUCCGCUGGAUAAGCGCUUAGCAGUCAUACAGCGUACCGUGGAUUUCAUUGACGAGAUCUUCCGCAAUCGUCAGAAGGACAAUCUGUGGAGCGCUCUAGUGCUACAGCGAAAACUCGUCGAGGUGCGCAAUUACUUCCAAAGUGAAAAACAAUUGAAUACAUCUGAAACAGCACACUCGGAUUCGACUGCAUUGCUCAAGAGCAUCGAUCAGCGACUUGCCGGCUUAGUGCCCAACAUCGAUAGUGUAAACCGAUUUAUUGACGUCAAUCACGAUCCGAUGGGCUUUGAUCUAUUUAACAAGUUACGUCAUUGGUUUCUGGGCGGCCAGAGCAACGCCAAGGAUCCAGCCAACAUUGAUGGUGAGAGAGGGGAAAUCGCCGCCAAACUCAAGCGCAGCUAUCAAACUUUGAACAAGGAGACCACAUCGCCAUGUAUAUUCAAAUAUCGUCGUGUGGAUGAUACAUUUCCAGAAUUUAUGCCGAAUGACGCUGAUGACUACGGCCACAUGGCGAAUCCAAGGCAGCAUCAGGAGAAUAACAGCAAUCAGACACAGAAGCGUCUCUCAAUAUUCAGUGCACCGCAGUCGCGACAUAUGCGAGUGCGCAACACCCAAAUUCCCGUUAGUAUCGAUCUGCCCGACACUGAGGAGCAGCAUCACAAUGAAAGCAAAAUGUAUCAAGCAUUUGCCGAUCGUCUCGGCGAGAACACCGUGUCACCGUCGCGUAAUGAUUUUGGAUGCGGUACGUCAGCGGCAAGACCGAAUCUCUUGUAUUCGGAUGCAGUGCGUUUCGGCACAAAUGGCUUUAAAGCCGAUCUGAAUUAUCCACGACCCUCCAGCAGCUCCUCGUCAUCGGAUGCACGUUUAAACGGGCAUGCCGGCAACAUGUACGCUAAGGGCAUCAUACGGAACAGUGUGAUAAGGCUAGAGGAGCAGCGCCACGAACACAACCAGUACAUUAAUCUUAUCAACAAUCUGUUCCUGCACGAUCGUGAGCGUUCACUAACGCGCCGCCCCAUAACGUCUCGUGACAGUGAGAAGCCACAGCCAUUGGCAUCACUGCAGCGGAUCAGUCCACAUGACGACGAAUGGCGGCGGGAUCUCAAACAAGGCAAGCUACAGCCCCAUGCGUCCAUCACCUCCGAGCGUGCCCAGUAUGCCAAGUUACUGGAGCGGGAGGAGCAAAAACAGAAAUUAUACCCAUUGAUUAAGAAACCGCUGACGCAUGAAUUUGUGCAAUGCGCCCACAUCACCGACCAAACCAUUCCAAGUGAUGUCUCCAAGUCGAUGGGUAAGGAUUUUGACCAGAAUGGGCUGCGCGAAACCAGUACAUCCUAUUUUUACAGCACACAGAUGAUGCUGCCAAAUUUGUCCCGGACUAAAGCUGUCCAGCAACGCCAUAGCAAUUCCAUCUAUUUUGCCGACAACUAUGCGGAACUUUUCAAGGAGAAAUGCGAUCUUGUGAACCAGGAAACGAACCAUGCAAAGAAACUAGUCCUUCAGGAAGCUAACAAGGUAACUGAGGAGCGUCGUGCUAGUGAGCAGGAACUGCGCGAAUCAUUAACCAAACGUCGCUUCCUAACGCAAACAUUGUUUGUGUUGGAGAAGCAGCCGGAGUAUGGGGCAGAGGAUAACAUGCCGGAAAUAAUACCACUCACCGAUGAUCAUCAAAAGCAGUAUAAUGAGCUGAUCUAUGGCAAGCCGGAUAAGGUGCUCAUCUCGAAAUUUAGCCUAAGCAUUAAACGCGAGGACAUUCGUACACUGACUGGCAGCUGUUGGCUGAACGAUGAGGUUAUUAAUUUCUAUAUGAAUUUACUAACCGAUCGUUCGCAGCGGAAGGAUACACUGCCCAGUGUUUAUGCCAUGAACACAUUCUUUGUGCCGCGCCUGCUGCAGGGCUAUAGUAAUGUGAGACGCUGGACUCGCAAGGUUGACAUAUUCAGCAAAGAUAUUAUUCCGGUUCCGGUGCAUGUGAGCAACGUCCAUUGGUGCAUGGCCAUUAUACAUAUGAAGAACAAGACAAUUCACUUUUAUGAUUCAAUGGGCAAGCCAAAUUGGGAGGUGUUGAACGCCCUCGAGAGAUAUUUGCAGGAGGAGUCGCUGGACAAACGCAAGAAACCCUUCGACACCAGCGACUUUCUAAUUGAAAAUGUCAAAGAUGUGCCACAUCAGACGAAUGGCAGCGACUGCGGCGUAUUCAGCUGUAUGACCGCCGAAUACAUAACACGCAACAAGCCGCUAACCUUUUCGCAGGAGAACAUGGAGUACUUCCGAAAAAAGAUGGUGCUGGAAAUUUGUGGCGGCGAGCUCUGGAUGUAGAGAUCUGAUGUUCAAUGCGUCAAAUUUAUAAGUUAAUAAUAAUAACAUAAGAACAAGAGCAUUAUCAUAGUUUAACGUAAGUGCUUAAAAUUCUCUUGAACAUUUUAUUUAUUGAUAUUAAGUGCAAACCCUUAUAUAAUGAUCUUAAACUCUUCCCUCAUCCUCAAAUACAACACAACACACAACGAUACACCCACACAAUACACACGCAAUUCACACCCAAAACAAGUCUGGCAUUCAUUGUUAGUUGUUUAAGAAGACAGAUCUUUCAGAGUAAACGCUUUUCAUCUAAGAGAUUGAGAUAUAUAGAAUUGUAGUCGUAAGCCGUCAGCUGAGACAUGCGUAUCAGGAGACACACCAACUAAAAACUAGCAACAAACUAUUACUAUUGUAUCGCAUAAGAGCAAAAAUAACCCAUAUAAUAAAUAAACUAUUCGGUAAUUUUAAAA